UUCACUGUGUUUCCGCCAGACUCCAUGAGCGGUUUGGGUUUCCUGUGGUGGUGUUGAGGCCAUGGCGAACAGAACAGUUAAAGAUGCGAACAGUAUUCACGGAACUAAUCCGCAAUAUCUGGUCGAGAAAAUUAUUCGGACGCGAAUCUACGAGUCGAAAUACUGGAAAGAAGAAUGUUUCGGUCUUACAGCCGAGCUCGUUGUGGACAAAGCGAUGGAGCUGAAGUACAUCGGCGGCGUGUACGGAGGCAACAUCAAACCCACACCCUUCUUAUGUCUCACCCUGAAGAUGCUCCAGAUUCAGCCAGAGAAAGACAUCAUCGUAGAAUUCAUCAAGAAUGAAGAUUUCAAAUAUGUCCGCCUGCUUGGAGCCACGUACAUGCGCCUGACAGGCACCUCAGUGGACUGUUAUAAAUAUCUGGAACCAUUGUACAAUGACUAUAGAAAGAUUAAAAGUCAGAACAGGAACGGAGAAUUUGAACUGAUGCACGUGGACGAGUUCAUAGACGAGCUGCUUCAUGCCGAGCGUGUGUGUGACGUCAUUCUCCCAAGGCUUCAGAAGAGGCAGGUUCUGGAGGAGGCCGAGCUGCUCGAUCCACGUAUCAGUGCCCUGGAAGAAGACCUGGAUGAGGUGGAGUCCAGUGAAGAAGAAGAGGAGGAGGAGGAGAAGCCGGAGCGAGUGCAGGCACCAGAGCCACACAGACGGAGUUACAGAGAUCUGGAUCGACCACGCAGAUCUCCAUCUCCUCGCUACAGACGAAGCCGCUCACCCAGAAGACGAAGCAGAUCACCGAAGAGACGAAGUCCCUCUCCCAGACGCGAGCGAGAGCGUGAGCGCGAUCGCCACCGCAGUAAGAGUCCACGCAGACACCGCAGCAGAUCCAGAGACAGGAGGCACCGCUCCAAAUCUCCAGGUCAUCACAGAAGCCACAGGCACCGCAGUCACUCAAAAUCACCGGAGAGUCGCUCGAAGAAGAGUCACAAGUCAAAGAGGAAAUGAAUGUCAUGGAAGAAGUUAUUUGGUUUUUUUUGUUUGUUUUUUAAAAAUAAAAUUCACUUUUAUGAUUGCUUCUGUCAGUAAUGUAAAAAUUCAUGUGAAUUUUCUCAUUCGCUAAUUAAAUCCACAAAUGUUUUUGAUA